AUGGCUGAGACCGCCCCCGCCGCAGCGCCCGCCGCCGCCCCGGCCCCCGCCGCCAAGGCCGCCGCCAAGAAGCCGAAGAAGGCGGCGGGCGCCGCCAAAGCCCGCAAACCCGCCGGCCCCAGCGUCACCGAGCUGAUCACCAAGGCCGUCUCCGCCUCCAAGGAGCGCAAGGGGCUCUCCCUCGCCGCCCUCAAGAAGGCGCUGGCCGCCGGCGGCUACGAUGUGGAGAAGAACAACAGCCGCAUCAAGCUGGGGCUCAAGAGCCUGGUCAGCAAGGGCACCCUGGUGCAGACCAAGGGUAUUGGUGCGUCUGGAUCUUUCCGCCUCGGUAAGAAGUCCGGAGAAGUAGAGAAGGCACCUAAGAAGCGGGCGACCGCGGCCAAGCCUAAGAAGCCGGCGGCCAAGAAGCCCGCCAGCGCCGCCAAGAAGCCCAAGAAGGCGGUGACAGCGAAGAAGAGCCCCAAGAAAGCCAAGAAGCCGGCGGCCGCCGCGGCCAAGAAAGCGGCCAAGAGCCCCAAGAAGGCGACCAAGGCUGCCAAGCCCAAGAAGGCGGCAGCGGCCAAGAGCCCGGCGAAAGCGAAGGCGGUGAAGCCCAAAGCAGCCAAGCCCAAGGCGGCCAAGCCCAAAGCGGCCAAGGCGAAGAAGGCGGCGCCCAAGAAGAAGUAGACCCCCGGGGGAGAAAACUCUUGCUCCGCGCUUAAACCCAACGGCUCUUUUAAGAGCCACCCACCUUUUCUCAAAAAGAGAUGAAACACUGUAGCUGCCACGCAGGUUGUGGAUACAAGGGGGAUGUUUUCAGGGGGAAUGGCAGUCUGAGGGUGAGAGCACGUGCUUUUAGUUUGGGGACAGGCAGGAGAGGGUAAGAGCAGGAAACUUAAGGGUUGCUUUCUACACCUCCCCUCACCGGGGAGAGCGGAGCCCAGCGCUGGCAGCGUGGAAAGGCGCAGGGAUUGGACGCGGUUUAGGAAGGGACGAGCCGGCGGCGUCCCGGGAGCCCCGUCAGCA